CACGGCGGCAGCGGCUCGGCUGGCGGCCGCGCUCGGGGAGCACUUUCCGCGGGCGGCGGCGGGCACCUUGCAGCGGGGAGGAGAGCCGGCCUGCGUGCGGCGGGGCCAUCCUAUUGUUCAAGCGGAGAGACUCGGGGUGCGAGGGAAGGAGCCAGCGUGUCGCCUCCUUUCUCCCCCUUCUCUCCCCCCCUCCCCUCCUCACCACCCCCCCCCCCCCCUCCGCCGUUUCCCUCCGUGCCGGAGGAGCGCCGCCGCCAGGGAGCCGAGGGCCGGGCCGGGCUGUUCGGCACCAGCACCGGCAGCUCAGGUGCACCGGCGGGAUCGGGGAAAGGGGUGCAAACCCUUCCCGAGGCGCUUGUGCCUCGGCGGGCUCCGGGAGACGAGGAAAGUUGCUGCCUUUCCUGCAGCAACCCCAGGAGCUGCUGAACUGGCCUCACCUGGAAGGACUGAGCAGUUCCUACCUUUCCCAUCAGGUGCCUUUUCCGCAGCAAAGCCACGGUAACUGGGAGACCGCGGGGAGCAGAAUAACGCACCCCCCCACCCCUCCCGCUCUCGCCGCACAUCGCUUGUUAUCUGGUCUGUCUCGCCGUGCUCCCGGGAUCACAGGAGGAUCUAUAGCUGUGAUCUGUCACCGAGGAGAAGGAGGUCGUGGAUGGACUCCCUUCCAGCAGGGCAACGAAUCACUUCUCGAGCUGCUUAUUAUUAUCGUGCUCUAGGACCAGCCCUUUCCUGCUAAACUUGGCUUGGGAGCUUACAGCAGGAGGGGGCGCGGGGGGUGGAAAGCCAAGCCCAACAUCAUCUUGUGUGUUUGACUUUUUUUUUUUUUUUUUUUUUUUUUCCCUCCUCCUUCCGCGAGACAGUUUGAUGAAUGCCUCCGAGAGGGGUAUGAUUUGCUGAGGCGCCUCUGGCAGGGCGGUGUGUGGUGCGCGGUGUCAACCCCGCCGCCGCCCCCCGUGGGGCUGUGAGCGGCCCGCGGCGGGGGACGCGCGUGGGAGCGGCCGCUGAGCUGCGCGGGCCGCCGCGGAGCAAGCGCACCUCUCGGGCGGACGGGGCUCCGCGGCCUCUAGCCGGGGGCUCGGAGGGGGAGUCCCAGCGUUGGAAGGGGCGAGGAGGAAGAUAAGGAGCUGGCCCAACUCCGCCGUACCCUGAGCCCGUGGGUUUGCUUCGCCUUCGCAAGGAGCGUGUGAAGACGAGACCCAAGUGCCGCCUCCCCCCGGCACCCGACGGGCUAGCGAGGGAGGGCCCGGGCCCGGCCCCCCUCCCAGCGAAGUUGCCUUCAGCAGCGGAUCGGUGCCACCCACCUCACCGCCGGGGUUGUUUUCUUGGCUCGGCUUUGGAUAGAAAGGACUUGGCUUUCUCCGCACCCUGAAAGUUGCCCGAGCGCUCCCCGCGGCGAGGAGGAGGGCGGCGCGCCCCGCGCCUCCCCGGGGCCGAGGCCGGCGGGCCCCGGCCGGGCGGCAGCGGGCGGUGAUGAUGUGCGGCUGGGGGAAGCUCACCCUGUCCCUGGGGCUGCUGCUGGCGAUGGCGGGCGAGGUGGCGCCGCAGCCGUGCCCGGCGCAGUGCUCCUGCUCCGGGAGCACCGUGGACUGUCACGGGCUGGCGCUGCGCGGCGUCCCGAGGAACAUCCCCCGCAACACCGAGAGGCUGGAUCUUAAUGGAAAUAACAUCACAAGAAUCACCAAGACUGACUUUGCUGGUCUAAGGCACCUUCGAGUUCUUCAGCUCAUGGAGAACAAGAUUAGUACUAUUGAGAGGGGAGCAUUCCAGGAUUUAAAAGAACUGGAGAGGCUGCGCCUAAACAGAAAUAACCUCCAGUUGCUUUCUGAACUGCUCUUUCUGGGGACACCGAAAUUAUACAGGCUUGAUCUUAGUGAAAAUCAGAUUCAAGCAAUACCAAGGAAGGCAUUCCGAGGAGCAGUAGACAUAAAAAAUCUGCAACUGGAUUACAACCAGAUCAGCUGUAUUGAAGAUGGGGCAUUUAGGGCUCUGCGCGACCUGGAAGUGCUCACUCUCAACAAUAACAACAUCACUCGACUGUCUGUGGCAAGUUUCAACCAUAUGCCCAAACUCAGAACAUUUCGUCUUCACUCCAACAACCUCUACUGUGAUUGCCACCUGGCCUGGCUGUCCGACUGGCUGCGGCAGCGGCCACGGGUCGGCCUCUACACCCAGUGCAUGGGGCCAUCCCACCUCCGGGGACACAACGUAGCAGAGGUCCAAAAACGGGAGUUUGUCUGCAGUGAUGAGGAAGAAGGUCACCAAUCUUUCAUGGCCCCGUCCUGCAGUGUCUUGCAUUGCCCUGCUGCAUGCACCUGCAGUAACAACAUCGUGGACUGUCGUGGGAAAGGCCUUACUGAGAUCCCAACGAACCUUCCAGAAACCAUUACUGAAAUACGGUUAGAACAAAAUUCAAUCAAGGUCAUACCUCCUGGAGCUUUCUCACCAUAUAAAAAGCUUCGAAGAAUUGACCUGAGCAAUAACCAGAUCUCUGAAGCAGCUCCAGAUGCUUUCCAGGGCUUACGUUCACUCAAUUCACUUGUCCUCUAUGGCAAUAAAAUUACAGAACUUCCAAAGGGCCUGUUUGAAGGACUCUUUUCUCUGCAAUUGCUAUUAUUGAAUGCCAACAAGAUAAAUUGCCUGCGAGUUGAUGCUUUUCAAGAUCUGCACAACUUGAAUCUUCUUUCUUUGUAUGACAACAAGCUUCAGACCAUUGCAAAAGGCACCUUCUCACCCCUACGUGCAAUUCAGACCUUGCAUUUGGCUCAGAACCCAUUUAUCUGUGACUGCCAUCUGAAGUGGCUUGCGGAUUAUCUUCAUACAAACCCCAUUGAGACUAGUGGUGCCCGUUGCACCAGCCCCCGCCGUCUGGCAAACAAAAGGAUCGGACAGAUCAAAAGCAAGAAAUUCCGCUGCUCAGCUAAAGAACAGUAUUUCAUUCCAGGAGUUCACCAUUUUGGCUGCACUGAAGAUUACAGAUCCAAAUUAAAUGGAGACUGCUUUGCAGAUUUGGCUUGCCCUGAGAAAUGUCGCUGUGAAGGGACCACAGUGGACUGCUCCAAUCAGAAACUCAACAAAAUUCCUGAUCACAUCCCCCAGUACACAGCAGAGUUGCGACUAAAUAACAAUGAAUUUUCAGUCCUGGAAGCUACUGGAAUCUUUAAGAAACUUCCUCAGCUGCGUAAAAUAAACCUGAGCAAUAACAAGAUUACAGAUAUCGAAGAAGGAGCAUUUGAUGGAGCCUCUGGUGUGAAUGAAUUGUUGCUCACUAGCAACCGCUUAGAAAAUGUUCGACACAAAAUGUUCAAAGGACUAGAAAGUCUCAAAACACUGAUGCUGAGGAGCAAUCGUGUGAGCUGUGUGGGAAAUGACAGCUUCACGGGCCUGAGCUCAGUCCGCCUGCUCUCGCUGUAUGACAACCAGAUCACCACCGUGGCACCUGGCUCCUUUGAUACGCUGCAUUCGCUCUCUACGUUAAACCUCUUGGCGAAUCCCUUCAACUGCAACUGCCAUCUCGCUUGGCUUGGAGACUGGCUAAGGAAGAAACGCAUUGUGACGGGGAACCCUCGCUGCCAAAAACCCUACUUCCUCAAAGAGAUUCCCAUCCAGGAUGUGGCAAUUCAGGAUUUUACAUGUGAUGAUGGAAAUGAUGACAAUAGCUGCUCUCCACUGUCCCGCUGUCCUGCAGAAUGUACUUGUCUAGACACAGUAGUUCGCUGCAGCAACAAAGGCCUAAAAGCUUUGCCUAAAGGCAUCCCAAAAGAUGUAACUGAACUUUAUUUGGAUGGAAACCAGUUUACCCUUGUUCCAAAAGAGCUUUCCAACUACAAGCAUUUAACACUCAUAGAUUUAAGUAACAACAGAAUCAGCACUCUUUCUAAUCAGAGCUUCAGCAACAUGACUCAGCUGCUCACCUUAAUUCUUAGUUACAACCGCCUGAGGUGUAUCCCUGCACGGACUUUUGAUGGGUUGAAAUCACUUAGGUUGUUGUCUUUACAUGGUAAUGAUAUUUCUGUUGUUCCUGAAGGAGCUUUUAAUGAUCUCUCAGCAUUGUCACACCUGGCUAUUGGAGCAAAUCCUCUUUAUUGUGAUUGUAACAUGCAGUGGCUAUCUGACUGGGUAAAAUCAGAAUACAAAGAACCUGGUAUUGCACGUUGUGCUGGUCCUGGAGAAAUGGCAGAUAAACUUCUUCUCACAACUCCUUCUAAAAAAUUUACUUGCCAAGAGAUUCCAGGGCCUUGUGGUUUUCUGAUACCAGGGCCUGUGGAUGUUAAUAUUCUUGCUAAAUGUAACCCCUGUUUAUCAAAUCCAUGUAAAAAUGAUGGAACUUGCAACAAUGAUCCAGUUGACUUCUAUAGAUGUACUUGCCCAUAUGGUUUCAAGGGUCAAGACUGUGAUAUUCCCAUUCAUUCUUGCAUUAGUAACCCAUGCCACCAUGGUGGAACUUGUCACUUGAAAGAAGGAGAAAAGGAUGGUUUCUGGUGCACUUGUGCAGAUGGAUUUGAAGGUGAAAACUGUGAAGUAAAUGUGGAUGACUGUGAAGACAAUGACUGUGAAAAUAAUUCUACUUGCGUGGAUGGAAUUAAUAACUAUACUUGCCUUUGUCCACCUGAAUAUACAGCUGCUAAUCUGAAUGAAGUGGAAAAAGGUGAGCUCUGUGAGGAGAAACUAGAUUUCUGUGCUCCAAACCUGAAUCCUUGCCAGCAUGACUCAAAGUGUAUCCUGACACCCAAAGGCUACAAAUGUGAUUGCACACCUGGAUAUGUAGGUGAGCAUUGUGAUAUUGACUUUGAUGACUGCCAAGACAACAAAUGUAAAAAUGGAGCACAGUGUACUGAUGCAGUUAAUGGAUAUACAUGUAUUUGCCCAGAAGGAUACAGUGGCUUGUUUUGUGAAUUUUCACCACCAAUGGUUCUACCUCGUACCAGCCCUUGUGAUAAUUAUGAAUGUCAAAAUGGAGCCCAGUGUAUCAUAAAAGAGAGUGAACCAAUCUGUCAGUGUUUAUCAGGCUACCAGGGUGAGAAAUGUGAAAAGCUGAUUAGUAUAAACUUUGUCAACAAAGAAUCCUAUCUACAAAUCCCUUCAGCUAAGAUACGCCCCCAAACCAAUAUCACUCUACAGAUUGCCACAGAUGAAGACAGUGGGAUCCUACUCUACAAAGGCGAUAAAGAUCAUAUAGCGGUAGAGCUGUACCGGGGUAGAGUGAGGGUCAGUUAUGACACAGGAUCUUACCCAGCGUCUGCUAUUUACAGUGUGGAAACUAUUAAUGAUGGCAAUUUCCACAUUGUGGAGCUGCUAGCUGUGGAUCAGAUUCUGUCUUUAUCUAUUGAUGGAGGAAGCCCCAAGAUAAUUACCAAUUUGUCCAAGCAAUCCACGCUGAAUUUUGAUUCUCCGCUGUAUGUAGGAGGCAUGCCUGUGAAAAAUAACAUAGCAGCUUUACGCCAGUCUCCAGGACAGAAUGGCACCAGCUUCCAUGGUUGCAUUCGUAAUCUGUAUAUCAACAGCGAGCUCCAGGACUUCAGAAAUGUGCCACUGCAAGUGGGAAUUCUGCCAGGUUGUGAGCCUUGUCAUAAGAAAGUUUGUGUGCAUGGAACAUGCCAUGCUACCAGCCAAUCAGGCUUUUCCUGUGAGUGCGAAGGAGGAUGGACUGGACCCCUCUGUGAUCAACAAACUAAUGACCCAUGUCUUGGAAAUAAAUGUGUGCAUGGUACCUGCUUGCCGAUCAAUGCAUUUUCAUACAGUUGUAAAUGCCUGCAGGGACAUGGGGGAGUCCUCUGUGAUGAAGAGGAAAUGCUGUUUAACCCCUGCCAAUCCAUCAGGUGUAAACAUGGCAAAUGCAGGCUUUCGGGACUUGGGAAACCGUAUUGCGAAUGCAGCAGCGGAUACACGGGGGACAGCUGUGAUAAAGCCAAAUCCAAUGAUUCUGCUCCUAGUUUUAUCACAAACUCUACUUUUGACCUCUCAGCUUCAACUGAUUUAUCACAGCGAAUUAUGCAGAAAUCUCUUGUCGAGGGGAACGAAUCCGAGAUUACUACCAAAAGCAGCAAGGGUAUGCUGCGUGCCAGACGACCAAGAAGGUAUCGAGACUAGAAUGUAAAGGAGGAUGUUCAACCGGGCAGUGCUGUGGACCACUAAGGAGCAAGAGACGGAAAUACUCUUUCGAAUGCACUGACGGGUCAUCAUUUGUGGACGAGGUUGAAAAAGUGGUGAAGUGUGGCUGUACAAAUUGUCCCUCCUAAGUGUCCCUGUCACACUUGUCUUUUGAAAAUGUUGUAUACUUAUUGACCGUGUCGGACUAAUUAAUGCUUCAUAGUGGAAAUAUUUGAAAUAUAUUGUAAAAUACAGAACAGACUUAUUUUUAUUAUGAGAAUAAAGACUUUUUCUUCAUUUGAAAAAAGAUUCAAGUGCUUGAACUGAGACUUCUCAUAACCAAGAGGAGCUUUGAAGAAAAAAAAAAAAAAAGACCUGGUAACAUUGCAACAGUGAUGGGAAACUUUAACUGCUUUUAACAUGGAUUCUUCUUUAUAACAUGCUGAAGAUAUACACUGACACUGUACACAUGUGACUUUCAACUUAACAGCUGAGAGAUGAAAUAUUGACCAGAACAUGAGGCUUGUUUUUUCACUUUCAUAUCAGUAUAUUUCACUGUCUUGACAGACCGCACCAAUCACUUACCUAUGGAUGAGGAAGCAUUAUGAGUGAAAAGAAUCAGAUUAUACAGAAAUAACAAUUGUAUGAAAUACAUUUUAUCUUUUGGAAUUAUUAAGCAUCUUGAGAAGAUGGGGUCCCAUUUAAUGAAUGGGAAAUGGGAGAUAUGAGAAUAUACUAUAAUCCUGAAAUCUCCUGAUGAUGUAUACUUUUAUGUCAGCAUGUUAGCAAAAGAAACAUAAAAAAGUGUUUAUCUGCCCUUUUCCAGUAUUAAUUUUUUGUAAUAUAAAUGUUUUGGGGAUGAUAAAAAUAGAUUAUUGAUGGAUAAAUUAGUAAUAAUAUGGAUUUCUGUUUCUAUGAGUUCUAAACAACUCUAUACAGUAUUCGGUUUCAUUGAGAAAUAUUUAUUGUAUCAAAGUACAUUGUACUUAACCCUUUUAGGCCAUCCCUUUUACUGUUUUUCAAUGCUUUAAUAUAUAUUAAUUUAUAUUUGUCCCAGUAUUUUUGUAAUUUUUUUUUUAAAAGGACUUAAAAAUCAGGAUUUUUUGCAAUAGAACUAACGUAGCAUGUCGUCUUGGGGUAAAUGUUUUCGGUCUGUUUUCUCCUCUCCUUCCCCUUCCCUUUUUCUUUUCCUUAGAGUCUGACCACUGGGUGUCACUGAAUCUGAAAGUGAUGACAAUCUGCAGUUUUCACAUACAGCAGAUAUUCAGGACACCUUCCAAGAACCCGUAAUGUAUGACAGAAAAUGCCAUUACACUAGGUGGCAAUUGUAGAGAAGUUAAUUUUCCCUAUAUACAGUACUUACAGAAAAUAAGAUGGCGUGUAGGAAAUGACAUUAGAAAGUAGAUCUUUAUAAAUUAAUAUUCCCAUGGAGCUCUUUACCUUUAUUAUAAAAAGGAAGAAAAGGCUGUGCUAUCAAGAACUGUGACUUUCCCCAAAUAAUAAAACUACUUUAUUGCCCUAUGUUCCCCAUGUUAACAUGUUGCUGCUAAAUUAUAAUAUAGAAUUGGUAAUCAAUAGUGGGUUGUGUUCUUUCAGUAAAACCCAGGGUACCCUGUAAAAAUGCAGAUGUUUUUCAAUUUUAUUUUAUUAUUUUUUUUUACAAAAAAAGUUAGAUGUACAUGUGUAAUGCAGUGUGCUUUGUCUUAUUUGGACUGAUAUCAGUAAUGCUACUGAUGUUUGUAAAUUAAACAGAUAUUUACUUCA